CUCUCUAUAUAUAAUUAUUAUUACUAAAAUUCCCAUUGGAGUAUCUUUUUAUUUUACUAUAAUAAGCUAUUGUAACUGUAAUGCCUCCUUCCUUACAUAGUACCAUAGCAUUAAAUUCUCAAUCAAUAAACAUUUAUUAGUACUUCUUUUCUUGCUAUUAAACCCAAUAAUCAUCACGCACAAAGGGCAAGUCCUAGUCCCACUUUCCCCUUUACCUUGUUGAAUUCAUAUGAAGUUUCCCACAUCAGAUAAUUCAUGUACUUCUCUCAAAGUUGCAGCACCAUUUCUGUCCCCAACUACUGUCCUCUCCAAUUUCCCAAAUAAGUUGCUGUCCCAACAGAAAAUGGAAAGUCAAUCAACAGAAGAAUUGUCACAAAAUCAAACAACAGAUGAUCAAGAAAACAAUGAUCUUAUUCUGGAUCUAAGUCUUUGUAAUACUGACCACGGGUCCAAAUCCAAUAUUCAGACAAGUUCAUCGGAUCCUAAUUCUCGAGGUAAUAAUAUUAACGAAACUGAGCCUCGGGUAUUUUCUUGCAACUAUUGUCAAAGAAAAUUUUACAGUUCUCAAGCACUUGGCGGCCAUCAAAACGCACAUAAACGAGAGAGAACAAUGGCCAAAAGAGGUCAAAAAAUUAGUUCAACAGCCGCUAAUUUUGGUUACGAUAAAUAUUCAAGUAUGGCUUCACUUCCAUUGCAUGGCUCAUUCAAUAGAUCUCUUGGAAUUCAAGUCCACUCUAUGAUUCACAAGCCCAGUAGCCCAUUUGGUGCACCCUUGUACGGACAUCCCGGUUGGUCAAUUCGACGGCCUAUUGAUCAGCAGCCGGCUAUUGGUCGACUUGCUCCACCAGAUUGUUAUAAUUACAACGGUGGAACAUCAUCAGUUGGUGGUGCUGCUAGAUUUGAUAACAAUAUUCAAAAGUUUCCUUCUGUGGUUGAUGGUAUUUCAGCAUACAGAUGGGAUAGUGGUGGUGGUCCUCAUAUUUCCAAGAGUAAUAAUCAAGAAGAAUUGAAGAAGCUUGACUUGUCUCUCAAACUCUAGGAGUCCUAGUAGUAGAAUUUUAAUUUGGUUUUUCUUACAAUUUUUCGUCCUUUGUUUUAUUCAGAUUUUACUUUCUUUUUCAAGCUUCGUAAUUACUUAGUAGCAUAUCUGGUCGGGUUAAUUUAGGCCCACUGUAAAUGUUCUUAUGCGGCCGGCUGCAGUAGUAGUACUCUGCAGACGACUAGUUAAUUCUUAUGAUGUGAUGAUUUGCGACAUUUUGGUUUAGAUCAUGCUCAAAUCUUACCUUCAA